AUACACUCCACGAAAUCAAAAGAGAUAUAGAGAUAGAGGCGUCUUCUGAGAAAUAGAAGUCACCAUGGCAGCUGCUAUCAAAGCUAUCAAUGCGAAGAUUCGCUCUAACAAGGUGUUGGAUUACUUCUUCUCUACACAUUUCUGGGGCCCAGCUUCGAAUUUCGGUAUCCCCAUCGCCGCUGUAAUGGACAUUCAGAAAGAUCCUGAAAUUAUAUCCGGACCCAUGACAGCCUCCCUAGUCGUCUACUCUGCAACAUUCAUGCGCUACUCCCUCGCCGUCACGCCCAAGAAUUACCUCCUUUUCGCCUGUCAUGCGAUCAAUUUCACCUCUCAGAGUAUACAGGGAUAUAGGUAUUUGAAUUAUUGGAACUGGGGAGGUCGUGAGAAAGCACUUGCUGAAAAAGGUGUAUCAGAAGGGGCGGUUGCUAAUGCUCAAUAAAUAAUAUAAUUUCUUUUUUUUUCGUUUUCGUUUUCGGGUAAUUGAGGUUUUGAGGUUUUGAUAUAUACCUAAUAUUAGACAUUCAUUCUUAGAC